AUGAAGUUCGAGAUCGCCGCUGUCCUUGCCGCUUCGGCCAUGGCCUCUGCCGCCCCAGCCUCGUCUAGCGCUGCGGCCCCGUCUGUUACUCCGGCUCCCAGCAGUCCCGCUGGUAGCGGCAGUGUUACCACCAAGCUGCCCGCCUCCUCCGGCACCUCCACUCUUAGCGCAGUGAAGACCAUUGCUGCCGGCGAGAACUUCGACGGUGGUAUGGUCAUGUACGACCGUGGUGUCUCCUGCACCGGUCAGGAAGAGGGUGACGACAGCGAUGCCGUGUUCGAGAUCGAGAACGGUGGCACCCUUUCCAACGUCAUCAUCGGUCCUAACCAGAUCGAAGGUGUGCACUGCUUCGGCUCCUGCACUCUGACCAACGUCUGGUGGAGCGCCGUCUGUGAGGAUGCCUUCACCAUCAAGGAGCAGGAGGACGGCGAGACCACCACCAUCACUGGUGGUGGUGCCUUCAAGGCCGAAGACAAGGUCCUCCAGCAGAACGGUGGCGGUACUCUCGAGGUUUCCGGCUUCUACGUCGAGGACUUCGGCAAGCUCUACCGCAGCUGUGGUAACUGCGAUGACAUGCCCACUCGUCACGUCGUCCUGGACAACGUGUACGCCGUCAGCGGCAAGCAGAUUGCUGGUAUCAACGCCAACUACGAUGACACUGCCACUCUCCGCGGCGUGACUGUAUCCGAUGUCGACGAUGUCUGCGUUACCUACGAGGGUAACUCUGACGGCAGCGAGCCCGAGGAGAGCGGCUCCGGCCCCGAUGGCACCAACUGCAAGUACUCCAACUCGGAUGUCACCCAGGCUUAG